AUGAGAAAAUUCCCAUCAAUAAGCAUUUUACUCGUCUUUCAUCUGUUUUUAGUUCAAUCGAUCGUCUCCGAUUGUGCAUGUUCGUCUAGUUCGGGUUAUUGGUCAGCUUGGUUAAAUGUUGGUGCUUGUGUCCCGA